AUGCCGGCGCUGAUGGUCGACGGCCUGCUCAACCCGCACCUCCCCGUCCUCGGACACUCUCUCCUCCCACAGCAACACCAGCAACGACAACGACAACAAGACGCAUCAUCGCCAUUCACAUUACCACCACCCACCGCGACGACAUCACAGACCACCCGCGCAGACGACGACACCCCCCCGAUCCCUCCCGCCCACGAUACCCUCCUCGCCCCCCGCCAGAGCACCCCCUCGCCCACCUACGUCGUCAUCCCCUCCACCUACGGCUCCCUCGACAGCUCUCCCUCCCCCGGCGUCGUCGUCGGCAUCGUCCUCGGCUCCGUCGCCGGCUUCCUCCUCCUCCUCUUCCUGCUCUACUCGGCCCUCGGCUUCGGCCCCGUCGUCCUCGGCCGUGGCUCUGCCGAUGAGGAGAUUGAAGUGUCCGGCAUGGCCGGCGGGGUCGGCGCGCGCAGCGUCCUGAGCUUCCGCUCCAAUGCGCGCUCCGCCGCUGCGGGGGAGCAUAAGCACCAUCGGCACUCGCACCGGCGGGAGCGCCGCGGCCGCGCCACGGAGAUGUUCGAGGUGCGCACCCGCGAGCGCGUCGUCACCGGCGGCGGGAGUGUGCCGCGCGCGCCCAUCGUCGUCGACGCCAGGCCCGGUCCCGGCCCUCCCCCUCCUCCUGGCCCAGCAGGCGCAAGGGGGCCGCCGCCCCCGCGCGUCGUUCCCACGCACACAGACGACGAGGACGACGAGGUGGUGGUCAUAGAAGAGCACAGCCCGCCGCCGCCGUCGCGCCGCAGGGAGAGCCGUCGCCGCAGCCGCGCGGGCAGCGCGUACCGCUACCGCGACGUCGACGUCGACGACCACGACGAUGACCACGGGCCGCCGCCUCCGCCCGGCGUGCGGCACGUGCGCCGGGAGAGCAGCCGCCGGUAUAGCAGCAGCCGCGAGUACAGCCGCGAGCGGUGA